CUCAGCAUGGUCCGACAGCCCAGUGUUGCCGCCGUCGCUUGCAUCAAUGCGCAAUAACAUCACCAAAUCACAUUAUUUAGACACAAUUCUUGCUGAGGUCGAGGAGUACCGGAGCCAUGUCUGUGGCUGCGGCAUACUAUACACAAUCAUAUCAUCACUGCCCUCGUGACUAGCGAGUUCGAUGACUCACUCGUUCCACUCCACCUCGCCGAUAUUCCCGUCUCACAGCUCAGUACUCUUGGUGGUGCACUGUGUGAAUGAUGAUAGCCUAGGCGCCACCAAACCUCAGUCUACUCAAACUACAACAAGACACUCUGACCCAUUUUACGGCUAUGAGCAGGCUUCGUGGCUAUGUGCUCUUCAUCACUCAUCUGUUUACUUGUCCAGAGUGCCUCCCCUUCUUCUAACUCAUAAGUAAAGCUCCCCCACUUUAUCGAAUAUUCACUUCAUCGCACGAGACUCCAUUCUUCCGUAACUUUCGCUGCUCUCGUCCCGCUCCAGAACUCAAGUUGUAUUCAUUGAUGUGCAACAUGCUAGGAUACAUCCUAACGAAGUUUAACUGCAACAUUAACCUGAAGCGAAGAUGCCGAGCAGAGUCUGGGGUCUUGACGUGAGGGCGUCCGGUCUUUUUUCGUUCAGGGCUCGAAGUCGUUCGAAGGGACUGAGAAAGGUCUGAACGAUAACAGGUUACCAGACACCGCCAGACACCGAAAGAUAAGGCUGCUGAGGAGCGCUCGUCCAAUUACCCUGG